CUUCGGCGCUACUUCCUGUUGGUGCAAAGAAAUGGCCGCAGUUCGCACACCUCGAAAGCUUUUGCUUAUUGCUUGGAUUUAUUAUUGGAUUGUUGUUUGGUUUGAUUACGUGUGUAUGACUAUUAUUUUGGUUUUCGGAUUCUGAUUUCUGGCUUUGCCCUCUAGUACCUUCGCUCUGCUUUGAUUUCUUUCCUGGUUUCGUUGAUGUCUCGCCUGACUCCUGACUACUCUUUUGCUCGCCCCUUUGGAUACUGUUGCUUUGGAUUGUGUGUUUACUGUGUGUGUUUGUAACUUGGUGCGUAAAGAGUGACUGCUUUUUUGUUUUUGCGAGACGUGGUGAUUUAUUGUAUGUUUUGGUAAGGAGAUAGGUUUAGCCUUGUUGUUUCGUUUCCAUUUGUUUUCGGUAAACAAAUUGGUUUAGCUUAGUUUGGGUUAUGCUCGUUAGAUGUGUUUUUGUUUGUUGUUUUGGUCCGUGUCACUCCGGAAGUCUUGCAUCUAUUGUUGUGAAGUGUCUGUGUAUAAAAUAUAUAUUUUUAAAAAAGAUCCCUUUGUGUCCCGUGUUCCCUUUCCUCCGCCCCCGGUUGUCCUGUUCUUCCUUAUUCCCUUUCAUUUCUGCUACGCUCCAACCCUAGACUGGACAGUAGCAGAAGUUAUCAGUUGAUUAAUGUUCCCUUUAUUUCUGAUGUGUUGCGGCACGUUCUGUCUAGCAGUUGUUUCUGUGGCAGUCAAAUUCAUAUCUUAAGAUAUCAGAAUUUGCGUUGCUAUGACAAGAAAUUGCCGUGCAUUUUAAUGUUUAAUGAAUCAUGCAUUCUCCAUAUUGAGGUAAUUUCCUCUCAUAACAGCGCAGAGGCAUGUAAAAUCAGUAAUAAUGUAAGCUAUUGUGACAAGCAAUCCUUUUGUGUAUCAGUUAUAUGCUGUGUCCCUGGAUAUAAUUCUCCUACUUAUUAUACAGUAUUCUGUUAAUGUAGCAGGUCGCAUCAUAAUUGCGAUUUACAACAUUAUGAUGGGUUUAAAUAAUUUCAGGCCCCUAGAAAUCUGCAUAAAAUUACCACACCGCCUUCCCACAUCUCGGAGCAGAUGCGCUUGCAGUUGCUCAGUGAUGCGAGGGGUGGCGCUGUGAGCGGUACCCGCGCAGCAUCUGCCCACACCGGGGACGUGACCGGGCGCAAUGCCGUCGCCUUCUGCAUGCUGAGCGAUCCAGCCACCAAGGGCAGGGCAUCGGCAAGAGGACUACAUGAUGGAGGCCAUCUCCAUGUUGAGUGGCGGCUCUCCAAGCUCCAAGGACGCGUUCCUCUCCGACUUUACCAAGAACGGGCCCAAGGGGGCGCCAGCGAGACCUGUGGUGGCCAUCCUGGGAUCGGGAGACUUCGCCCGUGGCCUGGCGCUGCGGCUGCUCCGUUGCGGGUACCGCGUGGCGGUGGGCAGCAGGCAGCCGCGCCGGGCAGCCGACUCCUUCCCGCACGUGGUGGACGUGACGCACCAUGAGGACGCCGUCGCCAAGGCUGAUGUGGUCUUCCUGGCGGUGCGGAGGGAGCACUACGCCUCACUGUGGGGGCUGCGCCACCUGCUGGCUGCCAAGGUGCUGGUGGACGUCAGCAACAACAGCCGGCCCAACCAGUACCCCGAGUCCAACGCAGAGUACCUGGCCUCGCUCUUCCCCGACUCCCUGGUGGUGAAGGGCUUCAACGUCAUCUCCUCCUGGGCCAUGCAGUCCGGACCCAGAGAGGCCAGCAGGAAGGUGUACAUUUGUGGCGACUCAGUGGAGGCCCGCGGGCAGGUGCUGGAUCUGGCCCGGCGGUUGAACUUCGAGCCGGUGGACAUGGGCGCCCUGUGCUCGGCGAGGGACAUCGAGGACACGCCACUGCGGCUCUUCAGCGCCUGGCGCGGCCCCGUGUUAGCCGCCGUGGGGCUCUCCGUGCUCUUCUUUGCCUACUCGUUCACCCGCGACGUGCUGCACCCCUACGUACACAGCCGACGCAGCGACUUCUACAAGAUCCCCGUGGAGGUGGUGAACCGCACGCUACCGGGCGCCGCGCUCACGCUGCUGGCACUCGCCUACCUGGCCGGCCUGCUGGCCGCCGCCCACCAGCUCUACCACGGCACCAAGUACCGUCGCUUCCCGGCCUGGCUGGAGGGCUGGAUGCAGAGCCGCAAGCAGCUGGGCCUGCUGGGCUUCUUCCUGGCCUGUGUUCACGUGCUGUACAGCCUGUGCCUGCCGCUCCGGAGGUCCGAGAGGUACCAGCUGCUGAACACGGCCUUCCAGCAGGUCCAUGCCAAUGUGGAGAACUCUUGGAAUGAGGAGGAGGUGUGGAGAGUGGAGAUGUAUAUCUCCUUUGGGGUCAUGAGCCUGGGCCUGCUCUCCCUGCUGGCCAUCACAUCCAUCCCUUCCGUCAACAGCGCCCUCAACUGGCGGGAAUUCAGCUUCAUCCAGUCGACGCUGGGCUACAUCGCCCUGCUCAUCGGCACGCUCCACGCGCUGCUCUUCGGCUGGCGCCGGGCCUUCGAGGAGGAGUCGUACCGCUUCUACCUGCCGCCCAGCUUCGCCGUGGCGCUGGCCCUGCCUGUGGUGGUGCUGCUGGGCAAGGGGCUGCUGCUGGUGCCCUGCGUGGCUUGCCGCAUGCGCCGUAUCCGCCAGGGCUGGGAGGCCUGGAGGCACCGCCGGGGGGGGCUCGGCUCGGCCGCCCACGUGUCCCCAGAGAGGGUCACCAUCAUGUGAGCGCGCCGCCCGGUCCCCGGCUGCCCGCUCGCCACCACGUGACCACGUUUCACUUUGAGUUUCACGCCAUUCACACCCCCGUCUUAGAACCCAACCUCCCCCCCCCCCC